GUGGUAUUUAUUGUUAAUUGAUUUUCAAUUAUUUUUUCAGGUUUCUUGAAUUAUGCUUCAAAGAUUACUAAGAAAAACAGUUAAGAAGGCAAAUAAUCAGGAUACUGGAAACACAACUUCUCAAAAUUUGACUCAAGAGGUAUCAGGAAUAUCCAUGAAUAUAGAAAAUGCGAUGAUGGACAAGCUGGAAAAUGUAUCUGUUUCAUCUGUUGCACAGACACCUGUUGAGCAUAUUGCAGAAUCUGUGUCUAGAUUUGAUGAUAAAAACAAAUUGGUGCAGUUUGGGCUUGACUUAAUGGACCAGGAAUGUCAAGUUUCAGAGUGUGUUGAUGACAUUGAGAAGAAAGUCAAUGAACAUGAUGUACCUGUUGUUGUUGGGCAUUCUGCAUCUAGUGAUACACUAGAAUUCUGCGUAAAAGUGAUUGAUCAAAAUGAUGAAAAUGCUGAAUUGUGUAACUUCUCAUCAACUAGCUCUAUGUCUAAAAGUUCUGAUGAUAACAUUUCGAUGUCUUUGCCCGCAAUAAAUAAUGGCCCAUUGUCUAAAGAAUGUGAUUCGGUUCUCUGUGAUUUACAGAGAUCUCUGGAUGGAAGUGAGGAGUGCAAAAUGCAUCAGUACUCAGAAGUCGAAACUUAUGUCAAUGAAGUUACUCGAACAGUAGAGAACAACCAUGGUAGCCAGAAUAAUAAUGCCAUGUGUGAAAGUUCAAGUGAAGACGACAGUGAUGUAGCAGACAGCAAAUCGAGUGAAAGUACAGAUAAAAGGACUUGUGAUCCAGAAAUGUUUUCAGCGACUGGAGCUGGGUUUGCGAUGCAUAAAUGUAAAUCAGACAGUGGUUUACAUGCUUUUGUUGACAAUAAAGAUGGGCAAAGCAUGUCAGUGAAGCAUGCACUUUCUCAUAGCUUUCUUUCUAUGUCUAUGUCUAGCAAAGAUUUAAGUGGUAAUGAAGAAACUAGUGGCUUUGGAAUAAAAUUUAAUGAAAGUCUACAUUCAGUUGCUAAGGAUACUGAGGCUGAAGUCUUUUGCUGUAGAAAUAAGGAAAGUAUAGAGCCAAAAUUAACAGGGAAACCAAAGAGUGAAGAUGAUCUUUUGAACAGUUGCGGUGUUGAUAGAGAAUGUUUGAGAAAUGUUUCCACACCUGUCAUGCCCAAAGGAAGUGUUGUUGGAAAUGGAAAUGAAGUAAAAAGUGCUAGGUCAGAUUAUGUUUUUCCAAGUCUUGAAAACAACAGCGACAAUGAGGUUAACAUCUCUAAUGAGAAAAACUCUGAGCCUUUGGAAUGGAAAGUAAAAGAUGUUGAGGAGGUUUCCAGAUUAGUUCCAGAGCCAUGUUUAGAAAAGGUACAUAGCUCUGAAUUCGCACAAGUAUUUGUUGAGAGAGCUACUAAUGGUAUACCUAAUUAUGCAUCAGAAAUUCCAUCAAAAGACAUUUACAAUAUGUUUAGUGAAAAUGCACCGAGUCACAGUGAGAGUAGAGGUAACAUUAAGACUUGUGUAGAAAGUGUUAAACCUGUAAAGAGGUCACGAAGUCGAAGGAAGAAGCAUUUAUCUGAAUCAGCAAGCUUGUUAAAGAUGUCAGUAGAUAGUGAUGAGGAAACUAAAUAUGGAUUGAAACCGAGAAGAGAGCUAUUUACAAUUUACUCUACUUGUCAUAAUUGUGCUUGCUGCACUUAUUCUUGCUUGUACAAUUAUUCUGGAUUGCUUUGUACCCUAUUUGGUAAGCAGUACAUAUUUGCUGAAAUACAAGGUGUUCCUAUGUUAGUUUGCUUGCAUGAGGAGAAUCUGGAGGCCAGUAUUAAAAACUGCUGCAAAUUACUGUGGCGAGAACAGUCUCCUCUUGUAAUGUCACAUAUUGAAGAUGGUGUGGAGGUGAUGUUUGAUGCAGUGCUGAUGCCAGAAUUAAACAGAUUUGUUGCUUUGGUUGUCUGGCACACUUGUAAGCCAAGUGUUGCCACUUUGCCAAAGGAAGAAUAUCUUAUGUUUUUGGAAGAGGUAACUGGAUUUCAAGUGCAGUUGGUCAGUUUAAAUGCCAAGAAGACAGGAGUUGAGACUGGUGUUGUCAAGGCCACCAUAGAUGGUCAAGAAGAAACUGUUCUUUUUUCAGCUGAAGUGGUGUUUCUCAAUGGUGCAAAAGUGUCAAAUCAUGUUGAUCUGCUUAGUUUUUUCCAGUAUGCAGCAACCAAAAUAUAUGUAACAGUGAACAAAUUCUUUCUCACUGGAUCUUGUGAUAAAUAUGUAUAUAUACCAACUUGUAUUUGGAGAGGUUCAAAGCCAAGUAAUUUAUUACUGAAUCCUCCUGUUAAUCGAUCAAAACUUUAUAACCCUCAUGUUAGUGGGACCUUGCCACAGGAACUAGAACAUUAUUCCACAUUGCAUUGUGAUGUUCCUUGUACACUAUUCUUGUCUGAGGGUGGAAGAGAUUUUACGUCAUCAGAGAGAAGUUUUCAUUUGAAAUUUAUUCUAGAUAACAAAGUACAGUUACUAGAAUGCUCUUUGGAUAGAUUUUACUGUAAAAACAGGCAUGUUGCUCUUAUUGGUUCAUGUCUGGCUUUUUCAACCAUUGUGAAAGCUCAUAUUCUGCAGCAUCGUUUUGAGGAGAACGUUGAAAAAUUUGAAGUCAUCAUGGUUCAGGUUCCUGAAGAGAUCGUUGCUGCUACCCUGUCCAAGUCUGAUACAUCAUUAAAUACUGUCCAGAAGUUAGGAGUUACAGAUAGGGGAAGGAGUGAGACUCCAGACAACUUUGUUAAGGAUCCAAGUCUUGUAAGUUCCCUCAAGUCAUCAUCUGCAUCACCCUCAUAUAUUGACCAAAAUACUGAGUGCUCUAAUCUUACACUUACUGAAAGACCUACUGCAUCACGAGAAGUGCACCCUUCCAAUAAUUAUGCAUGUGAUGUACUUACUUGUAAGUCGCAGUACCAUGAUCCGUCCACUUUGGAUAAAGGGACUCCUUCAUCCUUCCGCUUCAGCUUUAAUUUACCUCAAUGCUCUUCACAUGAUAGCUUGUCUGAGAUUGCUGCAGUCAAGGAAGACAACACUUCAAGUAUGCAGUUGUGUAAAAGUAAUAGAGCUGUCUUCGGUAACUUUUCUUCAUCCAAGGUGGGAUGCACAAUUAAGUCACCCCAAAGUGAAGGUGAUAGGUUGCUUGCUAUUGUUAGUGAUAAUUCCAACAGUUUAUCAAAAUCUUCUGAGCCUGGUUCAGCAUCUGCUAAAUUGUGUGAUUCAUCUUUGUCUCGCACUCAGCUGGCAACUCUUCCAGGUACGCCAUUGCCCAACAGUAAUGAUAAUUCAUUUCGUCUACCUCUUGAGAUUGAUAUUCCUCACAUUUCACCAGCAGAACAUUCAAAUUGUUCCUCAGCUUCUCUACAGUACUUUUCUCCUGUAUUGGGCAGUCCAAUGUCCUCUUGUAGUUCAUAUACUUCCUUGAGCCAAGUAUCAAGUACUAAAGCAACUACUACUAAGAAAAUUUGCUUACCUUACUUACCUGCAGGGCAAUGGUCAUUUGGGAUGCCAGUGCCAGCGAGUGUUAGCAACAAAGUAGAUUCUGGUUCUUCAGAAAAUAAGGUAAAAGUUAAUACAAAAACAUCAGCUUCUUACAGUGAAGUGGUUCAAAAACCUUCAAAAUCAGAACCUUCAUCUAAUGUCAGUAUUGCAAAUCAGUGUCAGAAUCCACCACAAAGUGUAAACAAUGCCAAGGGUAAAAGUGGUGAAGGAUCAUCAGGAAAGGUCAUUAUCUACAAGGCAUUGUGUACAGUAAAAAAGAUUGCUGCUAAGACUGGUAUUCUCAUAGUAAGGGGAAACAUACUCUCCGUGAGUUAUCCUAAGGCAUAUUUUCACAGCAAAGUUUUAUAUGCUAAUGGUGCUUCCUUGACCGGGGGCGAUGUUAAUGUGUUCAAGCCACGUAUUGAGCCUUUAAUGAAUAAGGAGUGGACAUGUUUGUUACAACAGUGCAAGCCAAUAAACACAAGCGGAGUUAAUGUUAAAUUGUCAGCCUUGUUGAUGUGGAUAGGAGCAGUGCCACAGGCGAGAUUUGCAGAACUCCAAAAAUAUUACAAAAUCACAAAUGUUGUGCCUUUAAAGCAGUUAAAGCCAAAUGUUGAGACAGCUUCAAGAGCAGCGCAAGGUGGGCCAACGAAAGUCGUACCAACGGUACCCAGUCCUAAGCCACAACCUGUACUCCUGAGAGGACUUGUUGUUGCGGUAGAGUCAACUGCUGGGAAACUCAAAUCAGUUGGGUCAGGCAACAAAGAAACCCAGUUCACAAGAAAAAUUUGCUUUCUCUACAAUAUCUGCCUUGAAAAAGUUUGCCUGAAGGAUGUUCUUCCUUGCGGGCUAGAGGUGAUAUAUGAGGAAGUGAACGGAAAAGUGAAGAAGGUCAUUUUAGAGGGAUCUUAUAGAGAUGCUGAUUUGCUGGAUCCUGCCACUCGCUACAAGUUACUCAAAUCCUGGUGUGAGCAGUACAGUGUUCCUAGUGUUUCUACAGAUAUAUUGCUUGUGGCAGGAGGAUGGCUACCUCCAGAACUGAAUCCAACAGCUACACAAGAAAGUAAAAAAGCAGUAGUAAAUCUAGGGUGAAGCUCUUCAUGUUUAAUAGGUUUGUGAGUGUUUCAUAUUGAUUUGGGAGAGGUAAUUUAGAGGUUAUUGACUUUACAGAUUUGCAUUUUUCUGUGAUUAUUUUGAAUAUGGCUGUGAGAAUUGGGUGUUGAUAUUGAAUAAGUUACUCUUUAGCAAUUUUUUUAUUGUGUGAUAUUUGAAUAGUACAGUAUUGUGAUUAUGUAUACGUACCCGUAUGUUCAUAAUAAAGAAUUCUGUGAGAUACUUAGUGUAAGAUUUUGUUUUCAGUGAUACAAAGUUCCAGUCAGUUUACUAAUAAAUUAUUACUAACUGUUUGAUCAGUCAGCUGAUUUGUAACUUAUCCUUGAAAGAGUAAGAUUUUGUCAUUUCUUCCUAAGGCAACCUUGUAGCCCCAGGAGGAAGAUACUUGGUAAAUGCCAUUUACCAUGUAUUUAUGAUAUAAAGAAUUUUGUUACUCAUUUCACUGAUUCAUACAGUGUCCUUAAGAGGGAGAUUUUCUAACCACUCAUAAGAAUUUUGACUUAUUAAUGACCCCAGAACAGAUGAAUGCAGCAUCUUGUAAUAUUCUGAGUGUAAUGUUAGCAUCUGGGAUCUGACCACGAGGAAUACAUAUGCAUAUCCAAGGUUGUUAAGGAAGUUCUUAAAAUAAAAAUGAAUUUUUCUUAGAGAUUCAUUACCUGUAAAUUAGCCUACUUCUGGCCCUCAUUGAACCUUAGAUAUUCCAUUCCCAGUUUCAAAGAAGCGGAAACUUGUAUCUGUACUGUGAAGUAUGUAUGGUGAAACCAGUUGGUGACUUGCUUACCCAGUAUCGAAAAUGUGUUAGUGAAUAGUGAGUGAUAUCCUCAAGGUGAAACAUUGCAAGAAAUGAUUGACAUCAAUGCACUGCUUUAAAAAUUACUUUUAUUAUAGUUGCACAAGACAGUUGUUAUUAGCAAUACUUUUACAUGGGACACUCGUAGGUAAGAAGAGUGUUGCAGACAACUCUAUGGGAUCUCAUAUCAAUAUCAACCUCAGAAAUGCUAUUUUAAGAUUUUUCACGGGAUAGAAAAGUUAACUGGUCGUCACACUUGCAAAGUUCCCCAGGGCUUGGAAUGGUGAAUUUUAUCAGAACAUUUCCUGGCUGGGUAUAUGAUUCUUAACUAUGAAGUUUAGUUUGAAGGAAUGGCCAGCUCAAGGCUAUAGUAGGAAAUGAAACAUCGGCAGCAAGAUAGAUUGAACUAUAACUGAGCGUUUGGUCAGUAGUUUUGAUCAGAAAGGGGUCAGUGAGUAGGAGGCUUUCUUGGUUGCCAGAUAUUUGUAAUAUGUUCAUGUAGUUAACUGGUUUCACAUUGAGUGAUAAUGCUUAAAAUACAAUACAUUACAGCAUUUAUGGACUUGUUUAAUUUGAAAUGUUGCAGCAUUAUUAUAGGACAGUAAAAGAGAGGGUAAAUUUUCUUAAUAAAGUAGAGCAGUGUACUAUGUCAUAUAAAGAAGUUCUUGAUAUUUUAUGUCAUAAAGAUUGAUGAGCUUGUUAAAUAUGAAUUUUCAAUGAAAUUAGAGUUUCCUGCCGUAUUACGUAUAGUUUCAGAGACAUCUGGUACUUCGACUAUAACAUUUUGAACAGACACAACAAACAAAAGAGAGCUUCCCUAAUAAUCUUAGGAAUAAGGCAAGUUUCCAUGUCAGACACUGCCAGGCUUCUUUAUUACAGAGUCAGGUUUAAAAUCAGGUUGAAAAACAAUGACACUACUUUGACAGUCAUAAUGUCAAGUUGUUGUACAUAGCUGUGAUAUGAUUGGUAAAUGAUAUAGAUUUUUAUACUAAUUGUUAGGCUAAGGCAGGAUCAUUGUAGUACAAUGGUAGUAUUAAUGGAGUUGUAAUUGUGGUUAUUUGCUCUGUUUAGUGCCUAGUGGCCAGAGAAGAAUUGAUAGCCAGGUGCCUCAGUCAAUUAAAAUUUUAGUGGUUUAUUCAUGCUGACAGGAAGAGCCUUAGCUCACUGCAUAGUCCAAUGCUCUUUUUGACCUGCAUUGCAAUUGGAUUGUUAUCUGAUAGUUUCAUGAAAUCUUAGUUUUGUUCAGCCUUGCAUUAUUGGAGAGAGCUGGCAUAGUAAUGAAACAAAUUGCUUUUUUUUCUAGUUCAUUGUACUUAUGAAUCAUAGCUUUUAUAUUUUGGUUGUAUGCAUGUUUUGACCAGCCCAAGUUUGAGGUUGUAGUGACGUUCAUAUGGUAAUAUCAUACAGAUAAUUUAGUAUUUUCUGCCACUUUCUAAUAGAAUUGAUCUCUAUAAUUCUAUCUUUAGUUUCUGUAGUUUUUCCUGAGUUACUAUAAAGUAACUGGAGUACAGUUCAUAUUUCUACACUGCUUCUUAAAGCUAUUUAUGUAUUCUUUGUGUUUCUUAACACACCUGGAGGACUGCAAGCUUUGUAUGUUCAUUUAUUUUUUGGUUGAUCCAUUAGCUCUUCCAUUAGCAACAAUCUUCCAGGGGUAAUCAAAGUACAGGAAACACUAGUGACAAGAACUGAUGCCAUAAUUAUAGGAGCACAGGAAGCUAUGCAAGAGACGGCAUUCAUAAAUUUAAGAACUUUAUUAAGAACAGAAUACCUCAUCUUUGCUCUAUAAAAUCUAAAUCCUCCAUUGUUGGAUUUUACUUGUGCUUCUCCAUUCCUGAAAGUCAGAAUUCUAGUUGAAGUAAAUGUAAUCAAUUGCUUUAGAUUCAGCACUACCUAAGAGACUUUUUGGGUAGAUAUUGAUUCCCAGGAUGAGAGCAGUUACAACAUUUAGGAAACCCGUACCCAGGAUUCUAUGGAUAGGUAAAAAGCUUAAGACUUUACUGAUAGGUAUUUUGCAGUGAACAUCAAGGCCAGCACAUAUAUAUUAAACAAAAUAUAUAUAUAUCGGCAUGUUAAAUGCCUGGUUACUUGAGAUUACUGUACUCACUUGAGAAAUGUGUCAAUUUUGUCUGUUGAGGCAGCUAGCUAAACAUGAAUAUUCUGUCAUUAAAGGUUAAUUCAUGAGGUAAUUGUUUCAUAGUCAAGAAACCUUUAAAGUCAGAAUGAUGUUAGAGCUGCUUUUUAUGAUUUGUAAUACAAUAAAUGUUUCUAGAAGCAUGACAUAAGUGUAAAUUGUCUUUGAAGCGAUCAUAAAAGUCUCCAAUAUGCUUCUAAGAUCCUGGAAUAUACCAGCAUUUGUAACAGUAUUAACCACCGGUUGAAAAUACGUAAUGUAAUGUGAAAAAAUAUGAAAAUUAGGAAUACUUCUAAUUAAAAUAAAUUGUUACACACAUUAAACAAAAUUAUCUUGGAGUACCUCAUUAUAUAAUGUAUUUUGAAAUAUGUUAUCUUAGUUGCUUUGUCAUUUUGCUUAUUUACUGUUCAUAUGUAUUUAUGUACAAAGCACGGGUAAAAAGCAAAAUGUUUUAAUGGACUUUUAUAUGAGCCACAGUGGUUUGUUUUACUUAUUUUCCAGGACAGCAUUCAUUUCCUCUUGUGCAUCCAGUUUUGUUAAGUGAUUAUUUUUUUAUCUAAUGAUAAUUUGAAUAUCGUACAGAGCUAUGAUCAUAAAAGCUUGUUAGGCAUAAGAUCGUCCUUUCUUUAGCUCAGGAUUGCGUAUUCAUCAUGUGAAGACUUGAAAUAUACUAAUGUAAGGAAAGGCUAAACAGCUUGUGGCUGAAGUUGUCUGUUCUGUUUGUAUGGCAGACAGUCACAAUUGAAAGAAUCGAGUAAGCUCAAACUUCUUUUUUCAAGAUUUGUUAUAGCUGUCUUUUUCCCCCAAUCAUUCUGUUGGAUAGUUCAUAAAAUCACCAAUGAAUAUUGUCUUUUGAGGUGGUGUAUUAGGAGUUUAAAAAGAUUUCAGUAGUAGUUUUAGGUCUUGAAUGAGUGUAAGUGAGUCAUUUGUGAAUAGUUUAUUCUGUGAUAUGCUGAAAUCGACUUGUUUAUUGGAAAAUUACAGAAUUUUGUAUUACUUUUGCUCUUUCAAGAAAAUAUUCCUUGAAGAAUGUGAUAGAUGGAAGUGUGUGUAUCUCAAACUGUAGCAAGGUUGCUAUUUAAGGACACUUACCACCAGGAAAGUUUCAUUUUCCUUGCUUACACAUUCACAUUACUUUCAGUCUGGUCACUGACAAAUGUGCAAUAUGGCUUUUCAUAUAAUCCUGAGUCUUUUACAUUGGUUUAAUGUUCACAUAUUGCUUGGUUCAGGCUUUUGUAUGAUUUUAUAAUCCUUAAAUACUGUAAUAUGUAGGAUAUGUUUGUGGUAGGAGUGCAUGUGUACGAGGAUUGGAAAAGAGAAUGGGCCUCAGUGCCAACAACAAAUAAACUUUAAAAAAUUAAAACUGAAGUGUAUGCAUGGAGGACAUCCUCCCAGGAGGAAAGAUCGAAAGAGGUGAUCCUAGCAAGGCUCCGUAUAGGACACACAAAAUUCUCGCAUGGUCACUUAAUGUCAACACCACAUGCUGACCCAAUAGACAGAUGUCAAACACCCAUUUACUUGUUGAGUGCCCAAGUUGGACCCAGCAAAGAUCUAUUUAUCUACGGAAUUCAAAAAUGAAAAGUAUUCUUGCUGAAAGCAGGGAUUUUUCAAUUAAUAACAUCAUAAAUUUUUCAAAUAAGGCAGGUUUCUCAAAUAGUCUUUUUUUUCUUCUUCUUCUUCUUCUUCUUCUUCUUCUUCUUCUUCUUCUUCUUCUUCUUCUCAGGAUUGAUCCCUGAGAACCAGCCCGAGAAGAGUCUACUUGGGACUCAGAGGUCUGGAAAAACUAAGCCCUCUUAAUAAUAAUAAUAGCAUGUGUGCCAUUACUCCUGAGCAGUUGAUAUGAAGUAGUUAUUGGUAUCAAAUUUUUUUUUUUUUUAUACAUUUAAUGCACUUGAUGUGUAUUGUUUUGUUCACAUGUAUUUCUGACCUUAUUUACUAUCAUUUGCCAUUUUUUAAACUUAGGUUAUUGCACUAAUACUAUUUUUGGUGGUGAUCUAUUGGCCUAUCAGAAGUGCACGGAUUGUUUUAUCGUUCUGGCAUACAGUAGUAAAGUAUGCUAUCAGAUUUUGCUGUACAGUAUAACAGCGUGAACGUUUUAGCAAACUGGCACAUUAGCUCCCCUUAAUUAAUUUAUAUAUGACCCAAAUGAUUGGUAUGUGGUAGUGAACAAGUUAUUCACACUGAGAUUGGAUGCCACUCUGCAAUAUGUAUGAGAGGAAGAAGGAUUGUGAACUUAAUCAUUUCUAACUUGUAUGCCUUUUGUCCUUGAUAUCCUGAAUUCUUAUUGUGUAGGGAUGUGCUUGCUAUUUUUAUUACUUGUACAUUAUGUUAGUGCCAUGGUUACUACUUUGGCUGACAGCAUAUUUGAAAAAAUGAUUUAUUUUGCUUGCUUUUGCAAUUUUUAUGUACUAAAUGCAUUGUGUUACUGAUGUAUAAUACCUGUAUCUUAUUUGUUCCUGAAUUGGUCCCCAGUUAUUAUGUGCCUUGCAUAGCACAUUAUGGAUGGUACUCAAAUUUUUUUAGUGACCUUUCUGUCCCAGCUCUAUUACUCUCAGUUUUAUUGUGUUGCCCUUUGUCCAACAAUUUGAACUACUUUGCUCCAUUUUUCAACCCUUCAUUUGAGAAGAAAUCUACUUGGCAGCUGCAGUGGGAGUUCAGUAAUGUGACUCCUCUUAUUAAAGAAAUUUAAGAUAAUUGUUGAGUUAGUGCAGUCAAGUGUACAUACAAAAUGCCCUUUACUUUGUUUUUGCAAAAGUAUUUAUUUAUUAAUAAUUUUUAACUGCAUUUUUAAAUGAUUGGGUUAUGCUUCAAGUGGGUGAGUGCUUCAAGUGGGUUUACUCAUGGAGAAAGGCUUAGUAAAAAUCUUAACAUUACCACUUUACCAUAAAACUUUAAUCAGACAUUCACUCAUUCCUGCAUUCCCAAAGGAUUUCUUUGCAGAAACAGUAAUUCUUCACAAUGAUGCAAUUAUCCCUCUUCAUCAGGUCCCUUUAAGACCCACCAUGGUUAGGUCAUCAUCUUUCAAAGAACUGCCAUUGCCUUUUAUACUAUGUAUGACAACUGAGCAUUUGGUCUACACACUGCACUGGACCAGGGGUAACGGUUGAAGCAAAGAAAAUAGGGUUGCAGCUGUCUUAAGGAAUUUUUAAGAAUAUUUUCAACUUCUCAUUUAGGUUCCAAGUCAUUAGGCAUGUUUAACCUUCUUGCUGCCUGACAAAAGGGUUACUAUAUUUCCAAAAAAUGUUUACUUAUACUAAUAAAUAAUACCCAACAGAUUUUUUACUUGAUCCAUUGGUUUAGGUUUCUUAAUGAUCUUAACAUAGAUGUAAGUGUGGUUGACUGGAAGCGAACUGAAUGUACAGUCUUUUUAGCUGGUCUAGAGGUCUCUUAUUUUUGUAUUGAACCUUAUUGCUAAUCUUUUUUUUAAAGGUUAUAGUAAAAUGUCAGUUUAGUUCGGAGCUGGUAAAAGUAAUUGUUUAUAACUGUGUGUUAAAUUUUGCCACGUCUAACUUUCAGUAUGUAACAUACAUACUAUUGGUGAUGAGUUGCUGACUGUGUUAUCAGCUUGGUUUGAUGUACCUAUAUGGAUCAACUUGAAUAGUAAAGGAUCAUAAUUAUAGUCAUAAUAUUAAUAUUUUUAUUCAAUUAAUUUCUAGUAGUACUGAUUGCAUACAUGGGUUGUCAAGGAGAUUUUGAAGUACUUGUGAAAAAUUUAGUACCUCAUUAUUAAGCUAGUGAUUUUUGAGUUAUGUUUUAUGAAGUGCAACAGAAAUUGUAUUUUUAAAGUAUUAAAGUAGCUUUAAACCACACAUUGAUAUUUUUGGAUAUGUGUGAAUAUUCAUCUGGGACAACCCCCAAAGUGGUAUGCCAACAAAGCCAGUGGCAGUGGAAACAUAUGCACAUCAUUUAACGGCAAAAUAAAUGUCAAAAACUAAAUUAAUCUCACCUUAUGAAGAGCAUGAUUAAAGCUCAGUAAGUUACCUAAAAGACUGUUCCUGAGUAGGAGAUGUAUAGGUCUCUCAUAAUUGGCAAUGUGAUAUCCUGACACCUCUGACUAAUUCUCUGCAGCUUUGCCAAUUCCCAAUGUAAGGUUAAUUGACUUUUGGUAUAAAACCUCAAUGCUUUGAAGGGAUGAUGAGCUUAUACAUACAUAUGCCUAGGAUACUACAUGGUUUUAUUACAUGGCUCAAACUACUUUGUAUAUUGUAUUUUUUGUAAUGUAAAUUUGCUAAUUACUUAAUUAAAAGUCCUGGUUGUAUAUUUGUAAUGAUGAUUGAAAGGAUUUCUGUCUUUCUGUUGUAUCUUGGUAAGUUUAUCUUGGAAUGUUUCAUUGCAUCCAUUCUAAAUUAAAUUUUAUCUGGUCA